CUUCUUCUCGCGACCAUUAAUAGCUCUCUGGCUGCUGACUGAGAACGACUGCAUCAUCACAGGAGCGAAAAAUGAUUAACUGGAAGGCUUUGGACAACGUCCCCUUGCUUUUCUACAUCUUAGCCCUGAAGACGCUGCUGCUGUGUCUGGGGUUUGCUGGGGUGAAGAUCUACCAGAGUAAGAAAGCAGAGGCGGCCCUGAAGAAGCAGCAGGCUGAGAAGAGGAGGCUGGCCCAGCAGACGCAGGAGCUCAUCAAUAACCUGAAGGAAGACUGACGAGUGGAGGGAGAGGAGCAGAAGCUGCUGUACACGGGGAAGAGCUGGGAAACAUCUUACCGACAAGAGCUACAAGCCACUUUCUCCAAAUAUGAUGAAGAUGUGUGAUUUUCAGCAACAGGGACACUUUCCUGGGUUUCAGGAAAUGAUUUGUGGUUAAAGUAGCAGAACUGUCGAGCACAUUUUUAUAUUUCAAGGUGCCAUUUUUUUUUUAAAAAGGAAAAUAUGACAGCCAAAAACAACAACAAAAACCCAAAAAACUCCAAAACAUGCAAACUUCAGUAUGAAUACUAAGAUGAGAGGACAGGGAUGAGGUAAAGCUUGCUCAUUGAUCCAGUGUUGGCUGUAUGCCACAUACAUGAUCUGCUGAGGCGGUCAUUCAGGCUCCAUGCAGAUGAACUCAACACUUCCUUUGCUUUGUACCCUGUGCAAGUCUGUCAGAUUGGUGUAUUUAUAUGAAUAUGACGCAGUGGUUUUUUUCCCUGUAAAAUUCUCUGUAAACUAUAAACCAAAACUGUGUUUCUGUUUUUUUAUAAUUAUAUUAAAUUCAAC